CACCACUACAUUAGGUUAAUCCAUCUACUUAUGUUCGUCCCCCACACGAAGAGCAGAUGCUGCCAUCUCCACCGCUCGCCGCCGCCCUCUCCAAAAUCGCGGCCGCCGCCACCCGCCGCGCCGCCACGGCCGCGGCAAGUGUCGCCGUCCACCGGCUCGUCCUCCCGGUCCGCUCUCCGACGCACAACCCCUCCGCCCCAGGAUCACUCAUCCCGCGCCGCCGCUUCGGCCACAUGCCGCAGGAGGAGCGCACGGCCCCGCUCGCCCUGCUGGGCAGGCACUUCGCGGUGGCCGUGGGGGACGGGGGCGUGGAUGGCGAGGCCCCCGCGCUGGUGGUCGUCUCGUUCUACCGGUUCGCUGAUUUCCCCGACCAUGCUGCAUUCCGGCGGCCCCUCAAGGAGCUCUGCGAGGAGCUGCGUGUAUCAGGUGGCAUUAUCCUUGCACCAGAGGGAAUAAAUGGUAGCAUCUGUGGGACCCCGUCUGCCGUGGAUAAAGUCUUAAACUUUAUUCAAGAAGAUGACCGCUUAAACGGAUUGAGAAUGAUCCAGUCACCUGUUACUCCAGAGGAUGAGGCCAUACAUCAUGGACAUACCAGUCAGUCUCCUGUUGGUGUUGGGGAUGAUGCGCCAUUCCGAUGGGAUCAUGUCCGGGUCAAAUUGAAAAAGGAGAUAGUGACAUUUGGAGACCCAGGUGUGAUGCCAACUAAAAUGGUUGGAAAAUAUGUUAAGCCGAAAGACUGGAAUGCAUUGAUAAGUGAUCCAGACACCGUUGUUAUUGAUGUGCGUAACAUGUAUGAGAUACGCAUUGGAAAGUUUAAGAGAGCCAUUGAUCCAUGUACAAACUCAUUCAGAGAAUUUCCUACUUGGGUUGACGAUCAAUUCGAAUUGGUUGAAUCGGACACCCAGGAGUCAGGGGUAAAUAAUGAUAAUGGAGUUGGUCAACCAGCAGAAGACCUCAAUGCCAGCAAAUCUAAACAGCUAUCACGAGUUGCUAUGUACUGCACUGGUGGUAUCAGAUGUGAAAAGGCAUCUAGCUUUCUUCUCAGCAAGGGCUUUAAAGAGGUUUAUCAUUUGGAAGGUGGGAUACUGAAGUAUCUGGAGGAAAUCCCAAAGGCUGAAAGCUUGUGGGAGGGUGAAUGCUUUGUGUUUGACAAGCGUGUCUCGGUGGAGCAUGGAUUGGCCCAAGGUACCCACAAACUUUGUUAUGGAUGUAAGCAGCCAGUUAGCGAUGAAGACAUGGAAUCUCCUGAAUGGGAGUAUGGUGUCUCUUGCCCAUACUGCUUUGCAACGAAGUCUGAGGAGGAGAAGGAAAGGGCCAGGGCUCGGCAACGGCAGUUUGAGACCUGGGGAGUCAUCGGAGGGCCUGAUAAGGGCAGGAGCUCCAAAAGGCAUGAUGCUAAAGAUGCAGCAGAGGCCAAGCAGUUGCCCAACUCAAUCUAGCAUAGAAUUAUGCAGCUGAGGUUUUGGUAUGACAUAAUUAUGCAGCUGAGGUCGUAUGAGUUGCUGAUGAUUGAAGCAUUGUUGACAAAAUGAGAAAAUCCUGCAGAUUAGCAGGGGGACUUCUAGGCAUUUCUUAGUUACCUACCCAGACACAAGUUGCAUCACCGUUUAUGAUCCAUUCGGUCCAAAAUUUUAUUUGGAAGCACUGGUGCCUGUCUGUACAAUCUUGUUGUAAAUUGUAACUGUAAUACUGCAUGCGCUUCAAAAGUAUUCAAUCUUGCAGUAAUUUUUGUGGAGCGAAAUGGAGGUUCACUAAGUCUAAAAUUAUGUUUUACUCCCUCCGUCCUGUACCUCCCUCCGUCCAUCCUGUAAUGUAAUGUAAGGUAUUCUAGCUGUUCUAAGAUAGAUUAGGGAGGGAAUAAAAGAUACAUGUACCUCUGUUUAAUAUCUUGUUUGGUUGUCAUUUUGCUUGCUGA